GUCACCCCCCCCCCCCACCCCCACCCCGUGCAGUGGCGACAGGCGGGAGGAGGUCAGAGGGUAGCGGGGUCCUGGCGCGGGUUGGCGGCAAAUUGGAGGCGACUGGAGCUCAAGACAUUUUCUGAAGAAUCAUUAAUCAUAUUGUUACACCAUGGAAGACAACGAUGACCUGGAUUUAUUAGCGUCGCUUUUGGAAGAGCAAGAGGGGGAGGAGACGACGGCUGAUGGUGCAGGAGGGUCGCGGGAUGAACAGGGCGUGGAGAGAUCGCUGGUGGAGGAGGAUGACCGGUGGGAUGAACUGUUUGACAAGGAGGAAGAGGAUGAUGUGCAGGCCAAGGAAAUCGCUGCUCUCUUUGGCGAUGUGGAUGAUUUGGAGGAAGAAGAGGACGAGGAGGAGAGGAGUAAAAUGGAUGCAUCAGGAAUAAAAGAAGCUCCAGCUCCAAUUCCUAGUCAGAAGACAUCAACAAAGUCAAAGCUAGAACUUGAAGAGGAACUUGAACGGAUGAAGGAGCAGAUGGAAAGAUUACAGCAGCAGUUGACCAAGGCUGCAGAUGGGCCAAAUUCCACUGGCAGUUCUGCAAAAGACAUACCUCACAACAAGCUGAAGGCACUGGGUAAAGGGAAAUUCUCUUCACGAAACGUAACGAAAAAUCGAUCUCGGCUGUCGUCUAGUCCGAAAUGUAAUGUGUUGGAACGUAAGCUGCAUAAAACCCCCGAACCUACGAAAACACCAACAGAGAGGAGCCCUCAAACACCUGCUGGGAUUAAGCAGCCGCAACAUCUUCAGAACAAACCCAACCCGACACAUCGGAACCUUCCUGCAACAAUAAGUGCUAACGAAAAGCCAGGAACCUCACGAGCUACAAAUGCUGUCAUAUCUGUGGAUAAAUUCUCUGGCUUGAGGUUGAGAAAUCCCAUUGUUUCGUCAACAGAGAUGGAGAGAAAGAUGCAAGGACGGAAACUGGUUCGUCUCUCCCAGGUCCACUCACAGGUUGCAAACGAGAAGCUGGAGGAUGCAAACUGGGUGACCUUUGGGGUGAUCGUUAAGAAAAUCACGCCACAGAGCUCCAAUAAUGGUAAAACGUUCAGCAUAUGGAAUUUAAGUGACCUGCGCAGCAGUGACCAUUUGUCACUCUUCCUCUUUGGAAACGUCCACAAAGAGCAUUGGAAAACUGACACAGGAACUGUCAUCGGCCUACUAAAUGCCAAUCCUAUGAAACCCAAGGAAGGAUCCGAUGAGGUUUCAGUAUCUGUUGACCACCCUCAGAAAAUCCUGGUCAUGGGUGAAGCAUUGGACAUGGGCAUCUGCCAUGCUAGAAAGAAGAACGGAGAUCCCUGCACCCAAAUAGUGAACUUGAUGGAGUGUGAAUACUGUGAGUACCACGUCAAGGCCCAGUACAGAAAGCUGAGUGCCAAGCGAGCGGAUUUGCAAAGCAGCUUCUCUGGUCCUGCUCCGAACAGAAUGAACGGCAAACCUUGCAGUCUGAAAGAGAAACUGUGUCAGCAGGGAUUCCACUAUGGAGGGAGGUCAUCUGCGUCAUACUCAGCCUCAGUCAAAGCUGCGGGUGGACCCAAAAGCGUACAGAUGACCUUAACACAGAUGAUGGUGAAAGGAGCCGAUAACAUUGUUACAGAAACAAAGAAAAAUAUCGCAUUGAAAACCGGAAAGGGCUUGACGGAAUGUUCAGAUGAAUUUAAGGAUUUGAUGGAAAUGCCCACGUUCGGAGCACGUAACCUGAAGAAACAUCUGACGAAGCCACCGCCGAAAGCUCAAGGUGGAGUGGUUAACAAUGCACAGCCCGGCCCGUCCAUCAUAUCAAUAUCUGCCACUCAGCUCUUAAAGCAACAGAAACAUCAAAUGUUGGAGACUCGCAAGAGGAAAGCAGAAGAGCUGCAGAGAAGCUUUUUGCAGAGUAAAACUGUGAGCAACGGCCACACAUCAGGAGCCGGAGGACCCUUGACUCAGACGUCACCCAGGGUUGGAGCAGAAUUUCCCAAGGAACAGAAACUGAUGGCAACACCGCAGAUGCCUAAACUGGGAGGAGGCCUUUCUCACGGAGAGGACAUUCUCUUUUUCGAUACUUCUCCACCUUCGGCAACAAAAGUGAACCAGGCGGCAGAUACUAGAAAGGUGGCGGCUAUUAAGAAGCUCCAUAAAAAAGGUGCAGUCCUCGCCAAGGAGGAUCCCAACCGUGUGAAGAGGAAAUUGGAGCCGGGUGGGAAGCUGCUGGAACGGAUAGAGAAGAAUCUCUCUCCUCCAGACGAAAACAAAGGCAGUGAUGGACCAAUGACGAAGAAGCACCGUGCCCAGAUGGAGUACCUGGAGUCGGAGGAGUUUCAGAAAAUAUUGAAUGCAAAGUCGAAGCACGUUGGCACAGUCAAGGAGGCGGAAAUAGAGCUUCAGGAACAAUAUUUUGAGCCCCUCGUGAAGAAAGAACAAAUGGAAGAAAAAAUGAAAAGUAUCCGUGAGAUGAAGUGUAGGGUUGUGAGUUGUAAAACGUGCAAAUAUUCACACUUCAAGCCGCUGGAGACAUGCGUGAGUGAAAACCACGACUUCCACUGGCACGAUGCAGUCAAGCGAUUCUUUAAAUGUCCCUGUGGCAGCAGAGCAGUGGCAUUAACAAGACUACCGAAGAAGCAUUGCCAAAACUGUGGCUUGUUUCUGUGGGAGAGAGAUGGAAUGUUGAAGGAGAGGAAAGGCCCCAAAAUAGGGGGAGAACUGCUGCUACCCAGAGGCGAAGAACACGGCAAAUUUUUGAGCAGUUCAAAAUGAUUCCUGGUUGCAGGACUGGUGGUGAAGAGCAUCUCAUUUCUACGUCAACGAAGCCUGAGGUUUAUAAACGACACUACUGGAGAAACGUGAUAUUUACUUGUGCUACAGAUUUAAACCCAGAGUCUUUUUUUAAAACUAUGAAUAAACAACAUUUUUCCUAA